AGCAACAGUUCCAAACAUUCCAUUAGUGUUCCAUUGCCAGCUUAGUUGAGCAGUUUUCUGGCUGUGCUUCAUGCUACUAAACCACAGGAAUCAGUAUAAGGGCUGCCGAACAGAGGGAAACAGGAGAGAGAGAAAGAGAGAGAGAGACAGGAGGAGUCACCCAGGCUGUUCUCCCCUGCGUGUCUGAGGAAAGAGAGAGAUGGGAAGCAUUCCUCUCUGAGAACAAGCACCCCCGAUUCCCUGUCAUCCCCCUCUUCUGAGUCGGUGGAGGAGAGACAAAUAACAUCCUAGCACUCAGCUAAAGUUUCCACAGGGGCCAGGGUGAGACCUGGGUCACGGGGCCUGAGGGCUCUGCCUACUGGGGGAGAAUGAAGAAGAGCAAAGCCCUCACCUCCAGAAGGUCAGAGAUCCAGAACAUCUACCAAUGCUACUCCUCCUCCUCCGGAGGGAAUACUCUGGCCGCCUCCGCCCUCCUCAGGUUCCUACACAUGGAGCAGAUGGAGGCAGCAGCCAAUCAGGAGACAGCGGAGGGCUUGAUUGACAGAUACGAGAUUGAGGAGACAGCUAAAGAGAACAGGACCAUGACGUUCGAGGGAUUCUACAGAUACAUGGAGUCUAAAGAUUGUAGAGUGUUUGACCAGAUACACACGUCUGUGUACCAGGAUAUGGACCAGCCUCUUUGUCACUACUUCAUCUCUUCUUCUCACAAUACCUACCUCACUGGGGACCAGCUGGUCGGCAAGAGCACCCUGGACGCCUAUGUCAGUGCACUGCGGAGAGGUUGCCGCUGUCUGGAGAUCGACUGCUGGGACGGUCCUGGCGCAGAGCCUGUGGUCUACCACGGCCACACUCUGACCAGCAAGAUCCUGUUCAAGGACGUCAUCGCUACUGUCGAGCAACAUGCCUUCGAGGUGUCUCCGUACCCAGUGAUCCUGUCUCUGGAGAACCACUGUACCCCGACUCAGCAGGAUGUCAUGGCCCACUACCUCACCUCCAUCCUGGGGGAAAAACUGCUGGCCACCAGCCUGGACCUCAUCACUCAGCCUGGACAACUGCCCAGCCCUAACAAGAAGAAGGCAGCAGUAGUUGCUGAGACUCUGUCUAACCUGGUGGUCUACACCAAGUCAGUGAAGUUCCACAGCUUCGGCCACGCCAGAGAACACCAGCAGUACUAUGAGAAUACCUCUCUGGGGGAGAAGAAGGCUCACAAGCUGGUCAAGACCUCAGCUCCAGAUUUCGUCCAGCACAACAUGGGGUUCAUCACCAGGAUCUACCCAGCAGGCUCUAGAACCCUCUCCUCCAACUACAACCCUCAGGAGUUCUGGAAUGUAGGCUCACAGCUGGUGGCUCUGAACUUCCAGUCGUUGGGCCUGCCCAUGGACCUGAACAACGGGCGUUUCCAGGACAACGGUGGCUGUGGUUACGUCCUCAAACCCUUCUUCCUCAGGGCCAAGCAGUGGGGCUUUAAUCCAAACGGUUACCGUCACAACCUGAAGCCAGCACAUCUACUGCUGAAGGUUAUCAGUGGCUCCAACCUGCCUGUCCCGCGGAGCGGCAAGGCCCUGGACCCCUUCGUACGCGUGGAGAUCCACAGUGUCCACUCAGACUCCUGCAGGAGACACACAGACACUGUCAGACACAACUCUCUGAGCCCUCGUUGGGACUCGGCCAUGAACUUCACCAUCUCUGUCCCUGACCUCAGCCUCAUCCGCUUCACCGUAAGAGACCAGACUGGACUCACCUCUGAGUUUAUAGGACAGUACACCCUCCCCUUCACCAGCAUGAAGAAAGGGUACCGCUGGGUUCCUCUCCUGUCUAGAGAGGGCUACAGCCUGGAUCCAGCUUCUCUCUUCAUUUUCAUCUGGUACUCCUAGAACCUUCCUACAACCUCCUAGAACCUCUCCAUCUUAGAAUUUUCUCCUUCUUAGAACCUCUCCUUCUUAGAACCUCUCCUUCUUAGAACCUCACCAUCUUAGAAUUUCUCCUUCUUAGAACCUCUCCUUCUUAGAACCUCUCCUUCUUAGAACCUAUCAUUCUUAGAACCUAUCAUUCUUAGAACCUCUCCUUCUUAGAACCUCUCCUUCUUAGAACUUCUCCUUCUUAGAACCUCUCCUUCUUAGAUCUUCUCCUUCUUAGAACCUCUCCAUCUUAGAACUUCUCCUUCUUAGAACCUCUCCAUCUUAGAACCUCUCCUUCUUAGAACCUCUCCCAUAUUAGAACCUCUCCUUCUUAGAACCUCUCCUUCUUAGAACCUCUCCAACUCCAGGCCUAACCAGCAUGCAUCUCAGCCUGGAUUCAGCGUCUCUUCAUCUUCGUCUGGUACUUCUAGAACCUCCUCGAAUCUUACUGGAAGGUCUCCACUUCAUUUCUCCAUCACUCAGGCUCACCAAUA